GCCGGGUCCUCCCCCUGUCCGGUUGUUAUGGAGAAGCUUUUCCCCCGCGGCGCGCAGACACCCCGCAGCCGACCGGGACUCAGCCAGGGCCGGGGAAGAGCUCCCGAAUUCACCGCACCGCCAGCUUCCCACAGGUUCCUGGCUUCAAAUUAAAGGAGGAUCUCACCAGCGAUGGAAUUCCCAACUUCAGCUGCUCAGCAUUUCCUGAGCACAGCAGUUAUAAGGCCAGAGUCACAGGAUGAACAUGCUGAUCUUCAGUGUCUCUCUUUAGUGGGCUGAUUUGAUUAAUUACCCUUCAAAUAUGAUUUUCUCCUGCUGGGAUCUUUUGGGAGGAUAUGUCUGAGAGACAUUGAGAGUGCAUCAAUUUCACUGGAACAGAGUAUUAGUCCAUCACAUGCAGUGGAUGGAUCCAGUAUGGAAUCAGUUGAAUGAAUGGAUUCCGGGUUCUUUGGGAUUGUUUUUCAACUGUGAUUGAAGGAUACUCGUUAUUAAAAACUUUUCAUUUUGAAUAAAAGUGUGUGAUCAUGAAGAUGAGAGAGAGAGACUUUCUCACAACCCUUCAAAUCCUUCAGAGGUUCACUGAGACCUGGAUAUCAGUGAAUGGUUUGUGAAACCCUUAAUCCAGCUGGGCCUAAUGCAUAGGCAGGCUUUGUCCUCCGUGCACCUUCUUCCUCACUUCAUAACCUUACCUAAUUUACUGUGGGCUGUUUGGUGGAUUUUAAGUAGUCAGGAUGUCUUUUUGCUGAACCUCUGGACCUGGAUCAUCACUAGCUGCCUGAAAUUGCCUCAAUUCUAAACUGCCUACUGUGACAGACCAGUUCAACCAAGGAAUGUCUUCCUUAACCUAAAUAGACUCCUCAAAAUAGAAGCUGUAUAGGUGUGGGGAGCCAGCGUGGAGGUGGAGGAGUGGUGAUUUUGGGAAAUGGCGGAGCAUGCAGAGCUGCUAUCAGAAAUGACAACUGUUGGGCGACUCUCUGCCACAGAGCGUCUGAAGCAUGCUCAGAAGCGCCGGGCACAGCAGCUCAAAGGCUGGGCUCAGAUGGAGAAGGAGAACGCUCGAUCAGGAAAGGCUGUUCAGAAGACAGACAGGGAGAAAAAGAGCAAGAAGGAAGGUGCAAGGAAGGUGGCCUUUCCCAACAACAUCACCCUGCUGGAGGCUGCAGCCAGGAAUGACGUAGAUGAAGUGAGGGAGCUGCUGAACAGCGGGGUCAGUCCGGAUCUGUUUAACGAAGACGGGCUUACGGCGUUACACCAGUGUUGUAUAGAUGACUUUGUGGACGUGGUGCGCUGUCUGCUGGAUGCAGGGGCGAGUGUUAAUGCGUGCGAUAGUGAGCUCUGGACACCUUUACAUGCAGCAGCUACCUGCGGACACACCGGCCUCGUCCAGCUGCUCGUACAGGCCGGUGCAGACCUGUUAGCGGUAAACGCAGACGGAAACAUGCCAUAUGAUCUGUGUGAGGACGAGGCCACACUGGAGCUGAUAGAGGUGGUGAUGGCAGAGCAGGGCAUCACUCAGGAACGCAUUGAUGAGUGUCGAGGAGUAAAGGAGAGAGCGAUGCUGGCAGAUAUUCAGGGAAUGAUCGAGAACAGAGCUGACUUGAACGCAGCAGAUGAACAAGGAGCUACUCUGCUGCACGUUGCGGCUGCUAACGGUUAUCUGUCAGUGGGGGAGCUGCUGCUGGAGCAGAGGGUGCGUGUGGAGGAGAAGGACAGCGAUGGCUGGACUCCACUUCAUGCUGCUGCCUGCUGGGGACAGCUGCACAUGGUAGAGCUGCUCGUGGCUCAUGGGGCUAAUCUUAAUGCCAAAUCUGCCCUAGAAGAAACUCCUCUGGAUGUGUGUGCGGACGAGGAGGUGAGGGCCAAGAUGUUGGAGCUGAAACACAAACACGACGCCAUCAUGAAGAGUCAGGAUAGACAUAAAGGCACACUGCAGAGACGAGCGUCCAGCGCCAGCAGCAGAGGUAAGGUGGUGAGGCGAACGAGUGUGAAUGAGCGGAGUAAUAUGUACAGAAGGGAGCACCAUAAGGAAGCGAUGGUGUGGCAGGAGAGAGGAGGCCAGCCUGAACCAGCAGACGAUGAUGAGGACAGACAGACGGAUGCUGAACUGAAACAGCACGCUGCCAUGGUGGCAGGCUCCAGCGCUGGCUCCAGUGCUGUUCCGCAGCCAAUCGAUGGUGGAGAAUCCAGCAAUGCGGUCCCCACUCUGGGCAACGGCAGCACCAGCUCUUUCUCCACAUCCGUUGUGCCGGGGGAACUACGGAGCGGGGGCAGAAUGGACCGCAGUGCAUCCUACCAGCUGACCCCCAGUGCGGUGGAAGGGGGUGACUGUGCAGACAGCAUGACCCGAGAGAAAUCCCACCACACACUGGCCGAACUGAAGCGGCAGAGAGCUGCUGCAAAGCUCCAGAAACGGCCGGCCCCCGCACCUCCACUGUCUGUCCAAGAGGAACCCGCACUGCCUCAGUCUGGCUACCAGGGGGAGCCCUCUGCAUCUGAACAGGAGAACACACAGAACGCUGUAUAUUACACUCCAGCCAGCGGAGACCCACCACUGUUAAAGCUCAUAGCACCUGAAGAGGAGACACCCACCACCAAGGAGCCCUGCUGUGGACUAAUGUAGUGCACACACACACACACACAUACAUAAACAUUAUUGUUAUUCCUGUCCUGCACAUUUUAGUAUUUUCCCUGCUCUAACACACAUGGAUGCUAUUUCCCCAAAGAGACUACUACUAUUAAUUUAUUAUUAUAAAAAUAGUGAUCAUUAUUUAUAAUUAUAUGAAAUAUAUAAAUUAUAUAUGUAUAUUUUUUUAAAUACCAUCCUCCCAGUCAUUUUUACACUAUUGUGGUGUGAUAAUUACUUUUUGGGCUAAAAACAAAAAAGAAAUCCUUUUUUUGGCAACAAGUAUGUUAACAAUCAAGCGAAAUAAGCAAUCAAGUAUGGAACUAAACAGAGUAAACCAAAGUGAUAUGUGUAUAUGUGUGUAGAUACAGUAUAUAGUAUACACAGCUCUGGAAAAAUUAAGAGACCACCUAAGUUUCUAGAUCAGUUUCUCUGAUUUUGCUUUUUUUAGGUAUAUGUUUGAUUAAAAUGAACAUUUAUUCUAUAAACUUUGGACAACAUUUCUCCCAAAUUCCAAAUAAAAAUAUUCAUUUAUCUGCAUAAAAUUAGAAAUGGCUGAAAUAACAAAAAAAUGCCGAGCUUUCAGACCUCAAAUAAUGCAAAGAAAACAAGUUCACAUUCAUAAAGUUUUAAGAAAUUCAAAAAUCAAUAUUUGGUGGAACCCUGUUUUUUAAUCACAGUCUCCUCCACCAGUCUUACACACUGCUUUUGGAUAAUUUUAUGCCUCUCCUGGUGCAAAUGUUCAAGCAGUUCAGCUUGGUUUGAUGGCUUGUGAUCAUCCAUCUUCCUCUUGAUUAUAUACCAGAGGUUUUCAAUUUGGUAAAAUUAUUAUUUCUCCAGAGCUGUCUGUGUGUAGACACAGUGUAUAGAAGAAAAACUUGCAUUAAUAAAAAAAAUCCUUAAAUGAUCUAUUUGAUCAAAAAAAGCGUUACUCAAAUCAUUAUUUUCCAAAUUGCUCCAGCUCUGAAAUACACUCCGUAUGCUAUAGCAGGGAAAUACACUAUAUGAGCCACUGUCACAGCUGCAGAUACAGCACAACCAGCAGCACUCCAUUUGUGCGCACACAUAAAAACACACACACACACAUAUAAAAAACACACAUGAAGACCUUCUAAUAGACCUUCUCAGUUUCAGUGGCUUCAUUUAAAAAAGCUCAAAGAGCAGACUUAAUUAAAGACGACAUUUCAGCAAAAAACAAAAAAACUAGCAAACAAGCAUUUCUGUUUUAUUUCUAUCUGGUGUUUUUUUUUAUCCCCAAUCUUCCUUUUGAGUUCCUGAGUUUUGUCUGUUGCUGUAAUGAAACAUUUUGUUUAGUUUUCUUUCUGCUGACUUAAGAUAACUUGUGUUUGUUUGUAAUUAUUCAUUUCUGAUUUAUGUGUAAUUAUUGAUAAUCAUGACACAAAAACAUUUCUGGCAGAUAAGAGGGAGAAGACUGGACUUGCACUUUAACAGAUUUCAGUCAUUUUAUUCUUUUGAGCUACAGUAGUGGUCACAGGCAUUUGCAUCCUGACAUAAAGUCUGACUAAAUUAUUGUUAUAAUUAUUAUUACUAUUUUUAUUCACCUGGCUGUGAGGACUAAUUACAUCUUGAGCCAAAAGAUUAAGUGCUGGUUUCCUGUGAUUUAGAAGGAAAUAAUAGAACUGUAUGCUUGUCAGAUUUGAAAACUGUCCACAUUCCUCAGCCAUUUAAUUUCAGGUUUAAUUUAAUAGGUUAACUAAAUUAAGUAAAGCUUAUUUACAGUAAGUGUAUUAACUGCUGCUGCUCCAGCAGUGCUAGCCGGGGUUAGCAGCAGGCUACAGGUUGAUAAUACUCACCUCUGAAUGGCCAAAGAGCUAGCGCUUAACGUGGUUAGUGGGUACUGCUAAUGCUGCUCCAACAGUGCUAGCCAGGGUUAGCAGAAGGCUACAGGCCGAUAAUACUUACAUCUGAACGUCGAAAGAGCUAGCGGUAAGCACGUUUGCAGAUAAUGCUAAUGCUGCUCCAUUAGUGAUAGCCGGGUUUAGCAGCAGGCUACAGACUGAUAAUACUAAAGAGCUAGUGCUCAGAACACAUUGCUAAUUUCGCUCCAGUCUUGCAGCUGGAGAACUAAAGUGAAACUCCUAAUAAUAAAUUCCAAAUAACUCUGUACUUCAGUGGAGUGGUUUUACUGCUCCUUACAACCUGACUGGUAGAAUUUAUACAUAAGCUGCACUGGAUUAAAAGGCUUACUUUAAUUUUUGGGUAAAUUAACCCUCCUGUCGUGUUCACCUCCUAACCCUUACUUUAGUGUUCCCGGUCAAAUUUGACCAGUCAGUUUUAACUGCUCUUAAAUUAACACAGAAACAAUUUUUUUUACCACCAAAUUUUUAUACAACAUUUUUUUAGCUGUGAACAAUGUCUCAAAGCAGUGUUUAACCUGAAUUUAUAGAAUUACACAUGAUAACUGCAGUGAAAGUACCCAAACACACGCUUCCCCUCCAGGUUUGUCAUCUCCUGUAUAAUUCCCUCAAUGAACUCUGGUGAAAAGGGUUGGAAGCUGAACUUGAUGUCAUCCACAUGAGAUGAGUGUGAGUGUGUGAGUGUGUGAGUGUGUGAGUGUGUGAGUGUGUGAGUGUGUGAGUGUGUGAGUGAGUUGGGGUGGUGUGUACAGGGAUGUUUUCUGUCUGAUGAAUGAAUAUAUUCUGGAUACCCAUUCAUUUCCUAUGCCGGUAAUUUUUGACCGGGAACACCACAGGUGUAACAAGGUUGAAUAAAACCCUCAAAAUUCAAUGAAAGAGGUGAUCAUCACUUUUAUGUGUUCAAAUGCAUGGCGUGGAGGAUAUCAUAAGGCCUUGAGGCAAUCCGAUGUAAAACACAUUAUUUAUGAGUGUUUUAAGUUGUAAAUCGGUCAGAUUUGACCCGAACACGACAGGAGGGUUAAAGGGUUUUAUGUGCUCAUUAUAGUACGAAAAAUACGAUGAUGGACCUGAGUGUAUAUAGUAAAAAGUACAAAAUACCCAGUGAAAGAGUUCUAAGAGUUCUAAUGAUUGUUAAAUAAUCACUUUUUGUGUCCUUUAUACCUGAAUGCUGUACUAGUUUACAGUGGUAUUGGUGAGGCCUGUUUAGUGAGGUGAGGCUACUGUACUGUCUCUUGGAUUUGGAGGAUUAUUUAUGUUUAUCUUAUUUAUUUCUGUCACUGAAAGCACUGGAUCUACACCCGCAUAAUCUGCUUUGGUUUGAUAAGUAAGAAAUCGCAUCCCAUUCAAUGCUUUCUAUUCUAAAUCAACCUUUCACUUCCAAUUUUGUGUCAUAUUUGUGACCGUGAACAGUGAAUGAUCGUUUGCGUAAGCAUACCAUGAAAUGCCUAUAUUUUGAUAGGGUUUCUCAUUUCUAGACUGUUCAAUUUCUUCCUGAUUAUUAAGAUUUAUAUGGAAAGCUGUUUUGGAUGACCGAUAAAUGUGCUCGUUUAUUUAGUUUUACAUUUCAGUUUGGAGAUACUGUAAUUUAAGCAGAAUUUAUUGUCUUAAUUAUUGAUAAAAGUGUCUUUCAUCUAUUUAUGUUGUGGGAUUUCAAUCAAAGAGAUGAAUAUAUGAAUAGUAAGUAUUUAUAAAUUGAGAUUUUAUGUACAACACACUGUCAUGAACGUUUAAAAAAAAAUUCUGAAUGAAGAACAUGUUUUCCUUUAUUAUUUUCAUAUUAUUGCAUUUUAUUCAUUUCUCUUUGUCAGUUAUUUUGCCCUUUUGUUUUGACCUGGUUCUCUUGUGUUGCUGUCUGUAGAAAUAGAUUGAAUGUUUUGAUUUUUGUACUGCAACUGAAUUUUCUUUUUUUAAAGACUUAAAAAAAGACUUUGAGGAGAGCUUGUGUUCACAUUCAAGAUUUUCCAUCCAGUUUUAGAUGUAAAGAUGUAAAUUUUUUCCCUGCUUUCCCUUCUUACUUAUUGCUCAGCUGGGCUCCACCCACUGACAAAUAAAUGGGACCCAGCAGCUGAUUUUGGUUCUUGAAAUCUAAAAAAAAAAAAGAAAAAGAAAAAAUGGCAUCAGAUUUCUCAGAAUCGGUUUGUGGCUUUAGUCUUAUUUUUAAAAUAUUUUUUAAUCAGACCAUUUUCUUAAAAUAUCAUUUUUCUCCUGGUGUAAUAAACUCACAUGUAGGCAGAUGAAAAGAUCAAAUACGAGUUGUGGUGCUCUGGUUUUGCUAAGAUUGGGAGGUUUGUGAAAAUGAAGUUAAAAUGAGUGUGUGAUUUCCAGUGUUGAGUAGUCAAUACAUUACAGUACAUUACAUAACCAUGUGUAUAUUAUUCCACUGGGAGCCUCAUGGUGUAUUUUUCUAUUCACCACCCUGACUGUCUGGAUCAUGAAGUUAGAGCUUAUUUAAAUAUUUUGAAAUAAAUAUUAUAUAUGAUGA